UUGCGCUUACGUUAACAUCUGCAUAGCUCAGCUCACAACAACAAGUUUUGAGUUUAUGUUUCGUUUUUCUAAUCAACAAUGAAGGAGUUCGACGAUUUCAAUUUUAGCGUGGAUAAAUACACGAAGGAGCUGACACGGGAGUGUGUGGGUGGAAGCGAUUUGCAGCAGCGAAAAAAGGAAAUCGAGGCCUACAAUGAGCAGACGUCGGCAAUGCUUAAGCAGACUUGCAAAAAGAACUAUAUGCAGUUCAUACAAACGGCCAAGGAGAUCUCACAUCUGGAGUCGGAAAUGUACCAGCUGUCGCAUAUUCUCAUCGAGCAGCGGAACAUCUUGGCCACCAUGACCGAUGGGAAGACCACAAGCAAUCUCAAGGCGGACAGCAUCGAGGCGGAGAGCAGUGCAGCUACUGAGGACGUGGAGAACAGUCAGGCAACGCGCGCUGUUAAGGAAAUGGUGCAGGGCUUCAAUGGGAAUCUGGAAGGAAAAACGUUUUUGAACGAGGGAGCGCUCAUUGAACUGGAUGCCAAUGAUUACCGGCCCAUACAACGCGUCUUCUUUUUUCUGUUCAACGAUGUGCUGAUUGUGUGCAAAGUGAAGCAUGAUAAACGCCUGGAAUUUCUUACGGAAUACGAUCCCAAAAGGAUAGCCGUUAUCAAUAUCAAAGAUCUGGACGGUGUAAAGAACGCCAUCAACAUUAUAACGCCUGACGGCUCCAAGAUAUAUCAGAGCAUCACAGCCGCCGGCAAGAGCGAAUGGAUUGAGAAGCUGGAAGAGGCUUUUCGCUUUGAUCAGCAAAAGAAACCAAAGAAGGGACAAGCGCCGCAGCCACCGAAUCGAUCCAAGCAACAGCAACAGCAAGCCCAAUCCAAAUCUGCCACGCCCGAAAAGUUGCCAGAACAAAGUCCCACAGAUGCACAACCGAAAUCCCUGGAGGAUGAGACCCCCGAAUGGCUGAGUACAGCCAGCGAGGAAAUUCAAACGCUGGUGGCACAACGCCACUUCGAGGACGCACAGUCGCUGAUCAAGCGCACCCAGGAGUUCCUGAGCAUGGCCCAGCCCAAACCCAAACUGCUCCAGGCGGACGUAAUUCAGGCUAAGAUUAAGCAGCAGGAGCAGAAGCUGACCAAUGUGCUGCUCCAGGAGCUGUCAAACAGUCACAAUCGUAAUCUGCAAAUCGCGUUGCGUGAAGUUCGGCGCCCUCUCAAGAUACUCGUCGAGAUGGGUCGCUCCCGGCAGGCGAGCGCCACACUGCUGAAGGUCUGCACGGUCAGUUUGCGUGUGGCACAGCGUGAGGCGCGUCGCAACAAUGCGGAAAUAUCUGAGCUUUUCUUCUGCGACUUGACGCAGGUGGCAUGCGAUUUCCUCAGCGCCUUUGAGCAACAGCCGGCCUGCGUUAGCGCCCUCGUCGUAUGGUGUAAUGCGGAGCUGCAGUACUUUGCCAGCCAGUUGAUCAAACACUACCUGACCAAGGGCACCUCCCUGGAGGCGGUGGCCAAGUGCGUGGAGCGCGUGCGCAAGCCGGCCACAAAGCUAACUGAGAUUGGCCUGGACAUAAGCUACCAUUUGGAGGGUCUAUUGCGCACAACGCUCGAGUCGCUCAUCGAAGAGUCCAAACAGCGCCUGUUGGACGCCGUGGGUCGCACCGAGGAGAGCUGGCAGCCGUAUAACUUGCAAACGAAAUCCAAUUUGAAGCGAUUGCUGCUAGAGUUGGAUGCACUGGGCAUAGAUGUGCGCGCCCAGACCACUGGCGAUACAUGGCUGAGCCUCACCCAAUCCACCGUGGUAUUCGUGCGCCAGUUUCUGCAACUGACCGAACAUUGCGGCUGCCUGGCCAAAGGCGAGACGUUGCUGCAGAGCCUGGAGCAUCUGUUGCGUGAUCUCUUUUUGGCUCACCACGCGUUAAGGCCACCCAGCGAUAUGUCAGUGGAUCCCAACUUUGUGAUGAAGAACAAAAUCUUUCUGGUGGACAAUCUGCUGCCCAUUGCCAUCGAGAAGUUCCGCAAGACAUCGGGUCGCCAGUGCGAAACAAUGCGGGAGCUCCACACGAAGCUCUCGCGCCAGCAGGGUGCUCCAGUGCCGCGCCAGCGGAGCGUCUACACGACCGAUGUAUUUUAGAAGUAGUCAACUUUGCUU